AUGUCAAGUGCUAGAUCAGUUCGUUUGGCGCGCGAAAUGAAAACUUUGUGCAGUAAACCACCAUGGGGAGUAACUUGUACUCCGGAAAAAGAAGAUAUAUUUGACGUGCUAUCUGUUAAAAUGUUUGGACCAAGAGGCUCCCCUUACGAAGCUGGGCUAUUCAAAUUAGUAAUUAAUGUCCCAGAACGUUAUCCGUUUGAACCGCCGCAAGUAAAAUUUGUUACACCGGUUUACCAUCCCAAUAUCGAUUCAGCUGGAAGAAUCUGCUUAAACAUGUUGAAAAUGCCACCUAAAGGUUCAUGGCUGCCUACAAUUACUAUAGAGACACUUUUAAUAUCAAUACAAACUCUGCUAGCAAAUCCUAAUCCUGAUGAUCCUCUAGUAACUCAAAUUGCUCUAGAAUACAAAUAUGAUAUUGAAACAUUUCAAGAAAAUGCAAGGAAUUAUACAAAGGAACAUGCCAGGCAUGCAUAA